GUGGGGCUUUUGUUGCAGGAGCGGGUUGGAUUUGGAGAACCAAUGUCUGUGUCGGCGCUGUUCAUGCUGGAAGCAAGAUAGCAUCAACCAAGGGCAGAAAGACGAAAUCCUGCUUUGGUUGUGUCGGCGUGUGCACGGGCACACCUGUGUGAGUGUGUGAGAGGGACGUUGAGGACUAUCCGGCGAUGGCUGCCAGUAAAAGUAAGAAUCAGAGCUCUCUGGCGCUGCACAAGGUGAUCAUGGUGGGGAGCGGCGGCGUGGGGAAGUCGGCUCUCACCCUGCAGUUCAUGUACGACGAGUUUGUGGAAGACUACGAGCCCACCAAAGCAGACAGCUACAGGAAGAAGGUGGUUCUGGACGGGGAGGAGGUGCAGAUCGACAUCCUGGACACGGCCGGCCAGGAGGACUACGCUGCGAUCAGGGACAACUACUUUCGCAGCGGGGAGGGCUUCCUGCUGGUCUUCUCCAUCACAGAGCAUGAAUCUUUCACCGCCACAGCAGAGUUCAGGGAACAGAUUUUGCGGGUGAAGGCGGAAGAGGACAAAAUCCCGCUCCUGGUCGUGGGGAACAAGUCGGACCUGGAGGAGCGCCGGCAGGUGUCCGUGGACGAGGCCCGCGGCAAGGCCGAGGAGUGGGGCGUCCAGUACGUGGAGACGUCAGCCAAAACCAGGGCCAACGUGGACAAGGUGUUCUUUGACCUUAUGCGUGAAGUACGAGGCAAGAAAAUGUCUGAAAACAAAGACAAAAACGGGAAAGGGAAGAACAAGAAGAACAAGAAGAGUUUCAAAGAGAGAUGCUGUUUACUUUGAGCUCCUCAUGGACCCGAACGAGCCACAAUCCGACUGUAACGCUGGGGAACAAAGGAAAAGGUCUUUGCCAUUGUCAUCUAAAUGAACAUCAUAGUUUUGUUUUGUUUUUAUUAGCUUGUUAUAGGUUACGGUCUAGAACAAUCUCAACCGGUUUGUUGCCAUUUUUUUUUUUUUUUUUUGUAACGAGUGAAAUGUGACUUGCUGUUUUUAAUCGGGGAGAUGACCACUGUCCUGACUGUGACUCGGACCGCAGUGCUCGAUGGCUCGCAGUCGGCCGAUGACCAAAACUGCCACUGACACUAACUCUGCUGCUCCAGACGUUCUCCACUGUUGAACUCAGCGAUCAAACUGCCUUCGACUUUGGUUGAGUGACUCAAACAGUGCCCUUAGGUUUCUUUACCUUCUCUCCUUCUUUAACCCGUAUCUCGCGUCCAGAAAAUACACAUUUUGACGUCUGUCCUGAUCAAUUCUUCAAUUUACAAGGAACUCUAAAUGCUGCUGUCUGUCCUUUUUCUAAGUGUCGUUGGACUCCUCCCUUCUUGUCCAGUGAACCUGUUGGCCCUCCUCCAUUCAUCUGUCCAGACUUCUGCUGCUGCAAGCGUGUGUUCUGAGUGGAUGUAUAAAAUGUCAUUUUUAAACCCCUUGAGGCAGCUUUUUAUUGUUUUUCUCUUUCCGUUUAUCCAAGGAUUUCUGAAUCCUCUCGCCACAUUGAAUCCGUACGUCCGUUCCCAAACAGGGCGUUUUGAAAGCGAUUGUCAGAUUUAGCAGCCCUGACAUGAUUAUCAAAAAUCAAUGCUAAAAUGCUUUGCAGGCUUUGCAGGAGGGAAGCUUCCAAGCAAAGCCUCAGUUGUCCGUGUUUUAUUUGCUGUAAGCUCACAGCUUCCUGUAGAUAUUUUUGUGUGAGGCCGGAGAGAGACGGGGGGGGGGG